AUGAACAAUAGUUCUUUUUCAUCUACAUUAUCCAUCUUCCUGUUCUUGCAAGCAUUGGAUCGGAUUCUAAAGAUUCCACUCGCUGAAGAGGAGGAAAACAGAGAGAAACAGAGGAAGGAGAGCAUUGUGGAUAGUUUAAUGGAGAAAGAGAUUUGUACAAGAGAUGGGAUAGGAUGUGCUUGGGUGUUUAUGAGCAUGUUUGAUUUCAGGCAUGGAGGAUCUAACCAGAAGCUCUUGAUGGAUAGGAAACGUGGAAGCAAAAGAAUCAUAGGUAUUGAGACCAAGGUUGAGAAGAAUCUUACCUGUGACUGUGACUGUGAGGAGAGUGAAGCUGGAAUGCAGAGUGUCAAGAAGCUCAUUGAAGAGGAGAUUGAUGAGAAGGCUCAGCAAAAGUGUGAUUUUGAAUGCAGAGGAGGGACAAAGGCGAGAAGCAGGAAGAGAGGAAGUAGAAACUGCAGCAAAGCUAGUGAAGAUAUCAAUGUUUUGGUUGCUGGUGAUGAUGAUCAUGCAGAGAAAACAGACGAUCAGUGUGAUGUUGAUUCCAUAAAUGAUGAUUCCGAAGAGAAGUUCAGCGAGUUGAUAAAGCGGUUGAUAGCUCAGAAGGAAAGCGAGGCAGAGAGCUGCAAGAACCUGGUGGAUUCUAAAGAAGAAUCAUUCCUGAACAUUGGCACGCCAAUUUCUGGAGAUUCUCAGAGAAUCAAAGAGACGAUCUCUUCAAAUGGAAGCAGAAGCUCUCAAUGCACACAAACAAUUGUAAUCUUGAAGCCUGAGCCAAAUAGCUCAUCACCUGGAGCACAUGCUGCAGGAAACAAGGCCAGAAAUGGGAGAUUUGGCUCUCGCUUUAUUCUCAGAAGAAUCAGAAGAAGACUAAAAUCUACUGUUGGAAAGAAUCCAUGCAAUGUUCAGCAUGACUCUGAUGCAUUGUCGUCUAACAUGAGUCAGAACUGCUGUUUGGGAGAAGACAUAGAGACUAUUUCCGGGCGGCAUGUCUCAGAUGGAGAAAUGUUUCCUGACAUUGCUUCAAAACGUGAGCUUGAGAAAGAGGAGAGUAUCCAUGGAAGUGAGGAUUCUAAGAAGAGUAUGUGUGGUAUAUACAUUGCAGCCAAGAAACAUCUGUCUGAUAUGCUUGCAGAAGGAGAUGUAGAUGUGGAUUUGCCUGAUAAAGAAGUACCAAGAAUCCUCGGGAAGAUUCUUGCUCUCCCUGAGUUCUCCACUCCAGAAAGCAGUCCAAGAAUAAUGACCUUGGCUCAUGAUUUUGCUGGUCAUCAGAUAACCGAGAAACCAAAGUUUCAGCAAUGCAGCUCAGAAGAUUACUCUGAGACGCUUGGAUUGGAUUCAAACAAACCUGAAGAAACAUCAUCUACGAGUGAUAUGCCAUUUCCCGGAGUAGGCGUUUCAGACACUGGGGAGGAAGAGAAGACUGUCUUGGAUUCGUUGUCUGAAGGAGUUAGCUUUUCCAUUCUCCAUCAAGAUACAUAUGUUGAUGAAGACAAGUUCGAAACUCACGAUGAAGAUGAGCACAAACAACCCUUGGAAAAGGAAUCAUUUGAGGAGAGUCAUUCACCGUGUUCUCCACCACCAAGCUCUUCAGCAAAAACGUCUGAGUGCCAAGACAAUGCCAUUGAUGUGCCAGGAAAGUCAAGCCCUGUGUCUGUGCUUGAGCCUCUCUUUACAGAUGAUGACCUUAGUCCAUACAGCUCCAGGUUCUCUUCAGUCGAAAUGCGGUUGCAACCACUGUGCAUAAGAUUCGACGAACCUGAGUCUCCAAGACCGGACAAAGACAAUGAUGUCAUGACAAGUAGAAUUAAUGACAAGGAACUGACACUUGCAUACAUUGAAGCGGUGGUGAAAUCCUCAGAGUUGAACUGGGAAGAGCUUUUGACGAGAUCCUUUUACUCAGAGCAGCUUCUUGAGCAGGCUCUAAUGGAUGACAUUGAUUUCUGCUCUACAGACUUCUGCACCGACAAGAAACUCCUCUUCGACUGUAUCAACGAAGUUCUUAUGGAGUUAUGUGAGCAUGGCCCUUGGAUUUCAUUGGCCAAACCGGCAGUCCGGUUUUGUCCAGAGAUGGAAAAUGCAGCUGAGGUGGUACAAGAAGAGGUUUACUGGCAUCUCUUACCUUUGCCUUCUCCUCACACGUUAGACCAGAUAGUCAGGAAAGACCUGGCUAGAGCUGGAUGCUGGAUGGACCUCCGCUUUGAUAUCGGCUGCAUCGGUUCUGAAACAGGCGAGAUCAUCCUUGACGAACUAUUAGAAGAGAUAAUCAGCAACUGCACAGACUUGUUCCUUGCUGGAACAGUCAACACAAUGCAGUUGCUGAUUCCUUGA